CGUGUUAAGACCAUGAAUGAAAUUGUGAAUCUUAGGUUUAAACCAUGGGCGACAUGGAAAUUAAACGGGUUACAUACCCACAUUAGUAAUUAUAUACUCCUUUGUUUCAUAAAACUUGGUCAAAAUUGUUUUGCACGUAGAAUAAUAAGAGUGAAUUUCCCAAAUACGAGUAUCAUUUUUGAAGCCUGAAGCUUGAGCCUGAGAGAGGAAAGUUGAGAGAGUCUCUCUCUAGCCAAUCGGACUAUUCUUUCCCGUCAUGUCGGCACCACCACUUGCGGUGGCCGCCGCCGCCGGGGCCCUCCUAGCUCCGGCGGGUCUUUGGUUUUCAGAAUUGGUUUUUUGUCUUUGGGUUCUCCUUCACUUCGGUGGCCUGAAUGGAAUUUGUUUGGUGAACUGCUUUCGAAGGUUUUGGCCGGAAAUUAUGGUGGCUCGAAGCUCUAAUUGGCGUGGAUUUUUUUUGGCAGACCUGGGUCCGGUAGUUUCUACUGGUUUAUGCUUUGGAGGGACCGCGCCUUCCUCUGUCGCAAUCGGAGUGAAAACUCUCCGGCGUUUGCAGCUUCUUGGUCGUUUGACAAGGCGCCAGUCGGUUGUGGGCUCUUUGUAUUCUGAGGAAGUGGGGGGCUUGCCAAAAUGAAUCGGGGUCCGGCAGUUGAAGGUCCGUUCCAUCUCUGCUGCUUGAGAACGAACGAUGUUUCCGUGGUUUACCUCCAAUAAACAUGAAUUUUGUUCGUGUUCGUCAACCAGAUUCAUUUAAUGUGAGUAAUCUUAUUUCGAUGAUGAUGUAGCAGUUGUG